AUGGAGGAGUCGGAGAAAGCGCAGCAUGUUGACACCAUCUUCACUGAGGUAGAUCAUGCAGAGCCUUAUUCAGUGUUUUCACCGGCUUUGCGCACCUUCUUGACCUAUUUCCUCGGGUAUGCCAUGAUAAUCUCUACGUUGACAGCAACAAUAUACUUCCCCUUAAUCCCCAUCCUCAGCACUCAGCUGCACGUCUCCAUCCAGAGCAUCAACCUCACGGUGACCGUCUACGCAAUCGCACAAGCCCUUUCGCCAGCAAUCUUUGCCUCCCUGGCAGAUAGCUUCGGCCGCCGCCCCGUUUUCUUGUGUCUCGUGACGCUCUAUGCCGUUCCCAGCCUCGGCCUUGCUCUCAACCGCACGAGCUAUCCGGCCCUGAUAACAUUGCGUGCUCUCCAGAGCAUCGGCGGCUCUGCCAUUCCCUCCAUUUCCUAUGGCGUCGUCGCGGAUGUGGCUCCCGUUGCCGAACGCGGGAGCAUGUUGGGUCCUAUGCUGUCGACGUGCAAUGGCAUCUCAGCUAUUGGCCCAGUCAUCGGUGGUGCCGUUGCUCUGGGCACGAGAGGAGUGAGAUGGGUUUUUCUUGCUCUUUUCAUUAUUGCGGUUACGUGUCUGGUGUUGGCUGGCUUUACGCUGCCCGAGACUGCGCGGAAUGUUGUUGGAAACGGCAGCGUGCCGGCCGUGGGCAUUUGGCGGACGUGGUGGUCGGUGCUCGUCAGCAAGAAGUCUCAAAGAGAAGAGGUCUGUGAUGAGCAAAAUUCAGCCAAGAAAAGACAGGCCUGGAGAGCUGCUAACGCUUUUGCUUCAUUCCGCAUCAUCCUCUACAAAGAUGCUGCUGUCGUGCUUUGGAUGGUGGCCUCCUCGUACUCUGUCUACUAUACAUUUCAAGUUGCAAUACCGGUCAUCUUUGAUGAUAUUUACAGGUACAACGAGCUUCAAAUCGGGCUUGUCUUAUUACCUGGUUUGGCAGGAAUGACGAUAGGAGGGAUUAUCGCUGGAAAACUGGUGGACAGAAAUUACGCCGUUACCGCGAGGAAUCACAAUGUCGAGGCUUCGAAGAAGAACGAGGGUUUCCAGCCGGACUUUCCUCUAGAAGUCGCUAGAUACAGGAAUUGCUUCGUCUUUAUUCUGAUUGAGAUGCUUCUGGUAAUUGGCUACGGCUGGGCAGUCCACUUUCGAGUACACCCUGCUGUGCCUAUUAUUCUUCAAUUUUUUAUAUGUGGCACAUCGACUCUAUUAAGCCACACCGCUAGUGCACUUCUUGUGGACAUAUUUCCUGAAAUGUCCAGCACUGCCUAUGCUUCAGGACAAAUUAUGAGAUGCGGACUCAGCGCAGCUUCGGCUGCUGUUAUACAACCGAUCAUCAAUGCGGUGGGACGAGGCUGGUACUUUACAAUGUUUUCGCUUUUCGUCGGAACAACAGGUGCUGGUUCGGUUUUCAUGAGCCGUCUCAAAGGGAUGAAGUGGAGACAGAAAAGACACUCACAGCAGACGGCCUAA